UUCGAAGCUUCACGCUAUCGAUCCAUGCUGGGUUGAUGAGAACAAUCUUGUGAAAUAAAAGUGUUGGAAAUUUCACAAGCACUCAGGAUGGCGGCUCCCACAGCAGCCGGUGUCGCGGAGGUUCGCGACCUGACUCGCGUCGAACGUAUUGGUGCUCACUCACAUAUUCGUGGACUGGGUCUGGACGAUGCCUUGGAGCCACGUCAGACCUCCCAGGGCAUGGUGGGCCAGCUGAAGGCUCGCCGCGCAGCUGGUGUCAUUGUCGAAAUGGUCAAGGAGGGCAAGAUCUCUGGCCGGGCGUGUCUAGUCGCUGGUCAGCCAGGAACCGGCAAGACGGCCAUUGCAAUGGGCAUGGCACAGUCACUUGGCGCGGACGUUCCCUUCAUCAGCAUCUCGGGCAGUGAGAUCUUCUCGCUGGAGAUGAGCAAGACGGAGGCUCUGACGCAGGCAUUCCGCAAGGCUAUUGGUGUUAGAAUAAAGGAGGAGAGUGAGAUCAUCGAGGGAGAAGUUGUAGAGAUUGUUAUCGACCGGCCUGCAUCAGGAACGGGUGCCAAGACCGGCAAGCUGACACUGAAGACAACAGAGAUGGAGACGGUCUACGACCUGGGCACCAAGAUGAUCGAGUCGCUCACCAAGGAGAAGGUGCACGCCGGAGACAUCAUCACCAUCGACAAAGCCACCGGCAAGUGCAGCAAACUCGGCAGAUCGUUCACCCGUGCCCGCGACUAUGAUGCCAUGGGACCUCAGACAAAGUUUGUCCAGUGUCCCGAAGGUGAACUGCAAAAGCGCCGUGAAGUCGUGCAUACCGUCAGUCUGCAUGAGAUCGAUGUAAUCAACAGUCGCACGCAAGGUUUCCUCGCCUUGUUCUCCGGUGACACUGGUGAAAUCAAGAGCGAAGUUCGCGAGCAGAUCAACGCCAAGGUGGCCGAAUGGCGGGAAGAAGGAAAGGGAGAGAUCGUUGCCGGUGUAUUGUUUAUUGACGAGGUUCACAUGCUGGACAUGGAAUGCUUUUCGUUCCUCAACCGUGCGCUGGAAAGCGACAUGGCGCCCAUUCUCGUCCUGGCCACCAACCGUGGCAUCACUCGUAUCCGUGGUACGCAGUACACAAGUCCGCACGGCAUUCCACUGGACCUGUUAGACCGUCUGCUCAUCAUCCACACACAGCCGUACGAUGAGAAGGAACUGCGCAAGAUCCUGCAGAUUCGCUGUGAGGAGGAGGACGUGGAGAUGUCGGAAGACGCCCUGUCCGUACUGACCAAGAUUGGCCGCGACACGUCCAUGCGCUAUGCUAUCCAGCUGAUCACUGUAGCCAACCUGGCCUGUCGGAAAAGAAAGGGCACCGAGGUAGCCGUGGAGGACAUCAAGCGCUCUUACGACCUGUUCUUGGAUGAGAUGCGGUCCACACAGUUCCUGAAGGAGUACCAGGAUGAGUUUAUGUGCAAUGAGCUGCCCAGUAGUAAUGGGGGUGAGGAGAAGAUGGAGACGAGCAAGGACGCAUGAUAGAGUGGUGCAUGCACGGAGGGCAUGCGCUCUGCUGUGCAGAAGCGCCAUCUGCCGACAGGACCGUUCCGGAACGUGCAAGUUUCCGGUUUGUUUUUGGCAUACAUUUGACCUGAGGUUGUAUAGCACACAUGAACACAAACACACACUCAUACCCACACACGCACACACGUUAUAAGACAGAACUGUACAUAUUUGGUAAUCAUAGAUUUAUGCUUCAUGCUAGAUUGUGCGUGUGUUUGCUUUCUCUUCCUUUUUGAUCCCGGCUCAUUAAACUACAUGUGUACGUUUUUUCUAACCAUUGUGUAAUAAAUUUUCUACUCGUACAUUUUAUGUUCUGUUUUCUCUGUUUGCCUCUGAUGUUCCCCAAGGCUUUUUGAACAUCUGCUCUCUUGCAAAUCUGUCAACCUGCUAGUUGAAAGUAACUGUUGACCCAG